ACUUGCAUGGCUUUCGAAUUGGACCAAGACAAUGUGAAAGGGCGUUCCUUUGCGUUGUAGCAAUCCAAAUGGAUAGGGCUGGCCCUCUUCUUUGGGGCACAUCCUUGCCAUCACGAUGUAGGCUUGUAAUGUUAGUGAAGCCGUUGAGACAAUGUGACAAACAGCACAUGUGCGUUGUUAAAACAGGAGAA